AUGUCGUCGGUCGACUCGGAGAAACUGGCGGCCUCCAUCCGCGCACUAGCUUGCAGCCGCGACGAGCGCAUCGCCUUUGUGACGGAGGGGGUGAAGCAAGCAAAAGAGUUGCAGGGCAAAAGCGUGCAGGAGUAUGAAAUGGUGGUGUCGUCGCUGCUUAUGUGUCUGGAGAGCUUUGAGGUGGUGCACGGUACGUCGCUUGACGUGCUCUGCGAACUCACUGUCCUGGACAUUCUGCUAAACCUAGACUUGUCCGUCAUUCAGCUGUCGCAGUGCAACAGCUACUUGCGGCUUUGUCUCAUGGCGGUGAAUGAGAUUCCUGUCGCUGUGGCAGCCGCAAAGACGUUUGCGCAGACGCUUAGCUACAGCAUGACGACGGACUUUGUGCGCACUCAAAUCGGAGAGACACUCGAGUGGAUUUCGCUCCCCGAUGCCAAGUCGAAGCCUCGCCGGAUUUGUGGCAUCUUGGUGCUCACGGAGGUUUCGUUGCGCAUUCCAAUGGUGAUUCUGCCGCGCCUCUCCGAGGUGUUCGAUAGGGUUUGGGACUGCUUGGCGGUGCAUGAUGAGGAGGUCCGCUCGCGCGCUCUGUGUCUCUUCACGCUAUGCGCAAAGCUGCUGGUCAACCGUCCUGCCGCCAUUCGUGCGGAAACCUGCGAGUCAUUGAUGUCACACCUGAAGAGUAACCUCGCCUCAAAAUCAAAGGACAAACGCAUUGCUGGCCUCCUUGCAUUCGAGCCCAUUGUCAUCAACUCGAUGGGCACCAGCAACCUACUUUACGAAGACCUCUCCAUCCUUUUAGUCCCGUACAUCAUGAGGGGCGGCGCGAACGUCAACGCCGACACGCGCGAGCUCCUCUUCCGCUGCCUGGUUGUCCUCUGCCGCUUCAGUGUAUCACAGUUUGUCGCGAGCCAACUCGCGGACAGUGUGCGCUUCGCGCUGGACUCCAUCAACCGCAACAUUCAGCGGAACACCGCCUUCGAGAUGCUCUCUGAGAUCAUUCCGAUUGUCGGCAAGGCAGAGUUUGCGCCCUUCGUCGACGACACGUGUGAAGCAAUCAAGACUAUUUUUGAGAAGUCCUCGAGCCCGUGCUGGAAGGCGCUGCAGUGUUUCUCCAUCAUUUGCAAAGAGUGCCGGCCAUCCAAGAUGGAAAUGUACGUGGAGUCGUGCAUCGAGAACGUGUUUGUGUGGGGACUUUCCGCGGAGCUGAUUGAGUGCAUGCGCGCCAUCAUUGAGUCGUCGAGCGUGCAGUACCGAGCAAAGCUGGAGGAGUCGCUGCUCGACAUGAUCUCCGUCACACUAUGUGGUCUCCCAUUUCGACAGCAGAUUGACGCCCCGCGCGUGAAUGAGAGCUCUACAGAUGUGAGCGCCUCCGAGUAUCAGAUCUCCGUCGCCCUGAACGCCCUCAAGCAGUUUGGCUUCUCCAACUCGGAGCUCAUGGGCGACUUCCUGCGCGUCUCGGUGCUGCCUUUUAUCGACAACAACAGCGUCGCCGUGCGCAACGCAGCUGUCUACACGAUUGUCAAGCUUCUCAUCCCUCAUGGCGAGAAAGGUGACCUCAGUAUCGCACGUCGCAUGUGCGUCAACACCGUCAUCACGCGCAUGCUGGUAGUGGGGUUGUCAGACCCCAAUCCGGUGGUGCGUCAGACCAUUCUGAGCGCCUUUACAGAGGACUUUUAUCCAUACCUUAGCGAGCAGCAGUAUCUCUUUCGCUUCUACUCUGCCCUGGGCGACGAGUCUAUCAACUGUCGCGUGGCGGCGACGGAGCAGCUCUGCCAGAUGAUCCGCUAUGACCCGUCUCACAUUCUGCCUGCGUUACGGGAGGAGAUGGUCGUUAUUCUACACUUCAUUACGUCCACCUUUAAUAUGGACACCGUCCAAAACGGGUUCCGCCUCCUCGCGGCCAUCGCCACGCGCGCGCCGCAACUGGUAGUGAACUUUACGGAAGGCAUCUGUGAGGCUCUGGUGCCGUACUUUAGCACUCUCUCGUCCCGCUCCGGCAUUCUCAUGUCGUUCUUGCACUGCUGCACAGCCGUCGCGGCGGCGCUCCGAAAGUUCGGCAGCACCCCCUUCUCUUCCAAACGUGAAGUCGCUCUCGUGUGCGAGCUGUUGGAAACCUUGCCAGCGGACCGGUCGUAUCACAUCAUCCGGCUGUCCUGUCUCCGCUUCCUAUCAGCAACCCUGGCGCCGCUCAUGGAAGGUGCCUCGCCGUACGUGCUGUAUCCUCGGCUCUUUCAACAACUCAGCACGGUGCUGCAUAGAACGGAGGAGAGCGUUGACAUCCGCCUUGAAGCGCUUCGGUGCAUUGGCGUGAUCGGCGCGCUGGACUCGCACGUGUUCCAGUCCUUCAAUGUCAACGAGAAGGAGAAGGCGUGUGGGAAGAGCGCGGUGGUGGUGGACAGGGUGACACACGUGAAGUGCUGCCGUAUUGUGCUCAGCGCGGUGGCGGCGCUGCUUGACCCGGAGAGCAAGCGCUCUGCUGGCGCGCGCGAAGGGUUGCUUCGCACGGGUGUACAGACGAUGCUGAACAUCUUUGAGCAUGUUCCGUGCUCCAAGACUGAAAUUGGUCUCGUGAUUGGUCCGCUGGCCCGCGUCAUCCGGCAGCUGCCUGGCGGCCGCCUCUUUGCCACCGUGCUCUUCGAGUUCUGCAACAUCAUUCGCUACGCCGGCGCGGUGGUGCUCAACGACGUGAACGAGAUUUACCGCGUAUUUGACAAUGUAUGGGAGUUUCAGGUCAACUACCGGUUUCUGGCCGUGCGCAUGCUUUCGUUUGUCGCCAACUUCGAAGCCGCCGGCAAUCUGCACUACGGUCAGCAACACUCGCGCAUCCUGCCGCAACUCUUCGACACGCUCAACCGUGCUGACCUGCGCCCCGACCUCAAGUACGCUGUACUGGAGUACAUUGUGCACCAUGUCGACUCCCUGCAGCCGUGCACGGAGGCGGUGGUGGAUAACCUCCUCGGCGCAAUACAGAACCCGGCGAAUCCGCUUGACUUUGUGAACCACUGUGUGGUUACACUCAAGGAGAUCUGCCUCAAGUUGUAUGUCGAUGAGCUCGUCGGCGCUAUUGUUCGGUGUCUGCUGGCGUGCCUUUCCGUCGACCUUGCGCGCAAGACACGCGGGCGCGAUAGUAUUGAUCUCUGCAACAACAUCAUGGGGGUCUUCUGCGUCCUGAUCGAGGAGCUGCAGGAUGCUUUUCUCAAGCACUCAACGUACAUCAUUCAGGCGCUGAAGAACUACCGCAUCACAAACACCGAAUUUGGCGUAAUGAACAACCGCGUCGCCACGGGCCUCCGCUGUACACGCAGCCCAAUGUCGAUUCAGCAACAAAACGCGGAGGUUGCAGCGCUACUGAAGACGUGCGAAUCCGUUGUCAUGAAGAGCAUGUCGCGCAUGGGCGAGGUCUGGAGCUACGCGAACCUCAGCGACGAAAACAUAAAUGCCGCUGCCGCGGAGGAGCGCACCAUGCCCAUCAACGAGCAGCGUCUCAUCAGUCCAAUGAAGGUCGUUCCCCUCACGAAGGAGGAGUGGGUCAAAUGGUCGGACCAGUUCGCCAUCACGCUGCUGCAAGAGUCGCCGUUUCAGGUCUUCCGCUGCACGGCGGUGCCCAUCGGCAUCAACGCAGCCCCGCUGGUCGAGAAAUCGGCGCAGUUUGUGCAAGACACACUCCAAAUCGCCUUUCGCUCCAUGUGGAAUUACGCGAGCUCGGCGCUGCAAACUGCUAUCACGGACUUUUUCCGGCAGUCCUUUCGCCAGGCAAUGGUGUCGACCACUGUCCCGGCGGAGGUGGUGACGAUGUUGCUUGGUAUCGUAGAGUACAUGGACCACGUUGGCGAGGCUUUGUUUAUCUCGUACAAUGACCUCUCCGAGUGCGCGUGGAACCGCGGAAUGUUGGCCAAGGCGCUCUUCUGGCGCGAGGCCGCCUACCGCGACGACCCUGUCGGCACCGUCGAGUCACUCAUCUCUCUUUACAGUGAGCUGCACAUGGUGGACUCCUCCGUUGGAAUCUUGAACAUGACCAGCGAGGAGCAGCGACGCAGCCUGCUGCAGACAAGCCUGGUUAAGCUCGCGCGCUACACGGAGGCGCUCCAGCUGACGCAGCAGGAGCUGGAGCUGGAGGCUGCCCCGUUGGAGGCGAGCGGCUCGGAGAACUUAUCCAAGGGCUGCGGGUACAAGAACGGCAGCCGCGGUUGGUCGCGCAUGUUGCACUACGCGUCCAACAGCGACAUCACCCCGUCCUCCUCAAAGGUGGAGGAGAGCUGUCGUGACCGCCGCGUGGAGGUAAACGCGCGACUGAUGUUGUGCCUGAGCGAGCUUGGCGAGUACGACAAGGUGCUGGAGCAGUGGGGCAGCAUGCUCCACAACUACAAGGACCGCGUGACAGAUACAGACGAGAUGCACGUGCUGUUUUUUGUCUCGCAGUACGCCGCAGACGCGUCGAUCCGGCUGCAGUCGUGGGACACGCUGGAGCACGUCCUGGAGUGGUUGCCGCCCGACAUGGUUCUCUACCACGUGUCGAAGGCGGCCCUGGAAGUGGUGCGCGGCAACUACGACGCCGCGCUCGUCUCCGUGACGAACGGGCGCAAGGUACUGCUGGAGGAUCUGACAAGCCUGCUGCACGAGUCGUACGCGCGCGCCUACGAGGGGCUGGUAGUGGCGCAGCAGCUGACGGAGGUGGAGGAGGUCAUCAUCGCAAAGCAGACGCAAAAGGCGCUCAGCUCCGCCGCACACAUACCGCACCUCUGCCACAUCUGGGAGCAGCGCAUUCGAAUGAUGCAUGCGACAGUACCGACAUGGAAGCAGGUGCUGGGAAUCCGUGGCCUACUCAUCUCGCCCCAUGAUGACGUGAAGACGCGCAUCCAGUUCACCAAGCUCUGUCGGCAGGAGAAGGCGCGACAGCUAGAGAAGUUUACGCUGGCCGAGCUCCUCGGGUUCGCAAACCCGACCCUGGAGCAACUCACAAGCCGCAAUGUGAACCCACGCGUGGUGAUGCAGUAUAUCUCAUACCUCUCCGACACCAACGCACUUGGCCCCGGCAGUCCCUUCGGAACCGAGAGCGACCUCAUCAAGAAGAUGAUCGACGUGCACACCAAGGCGGAAAACUCGGCAGUGUUGGCGCGGGCGUACACGCGCCUCGGGAGCAAGGUCGAUCUCAUCGAGUCUGUGCAGUGCUUCAAGACGGCCACCAUGUACGAUCCACAUUGGUUUCUGGCGUGGCGUAAGUGGGCGGAGGCGAAUGCCCAGCUGCUCCAGACAGACAAGGGCGAAGAAACCUGCCGCAACGCUAUCGAGGGCUUUAUCCGAAGCAUUCAGCUUGGAACGUCCGAUUCGACGCUCAUUCAAGACGUGCUCAAGCUGCUCACGCUCUGGUCGAACCACUGCGACUCUGAUCACAACUUGAAGGAGCUGCGCGAGCGUGUCUUCGAUGUACCGUCGCGCGUGUGGCACCUUGUGGUGCCACAACUGGUCGCCCGGCUCGACACCGGCUCUGACGACAGCUGCCGGCUUGUGGCGGAUGUCCUGACCAACGUGGGCUACGACUACCCACACACGUUGGUGUACCCGCUGAACCUGUGCACUAUGUCUGACUCAGAGCGCCGUAAGAGGUACUCCAAUGAGGUGCUAGGAAAGCUGCAGGAGCGAUAUCCAGUGCUUGUGCUGCAGGGUCGACUCAUGAUUGACGAACUCAUCCGCGUCUCGGCCCUCAUCUAUGAGCAGUGGUAUGACAAGCUGGAGGCGGCGGCGACCGCCUUCUUUGGCCGCCGCAGCACCGAUGAGAUGAUACGUACACUGCUGCCGAUUCACGAGACGUUGCCACGGGUGCCAGAGACGGUGGUGGAAGCUGAAUUUCUGUCCAAGUACAGCAAGCGUCUGACCGAGGCUCGGGACUGGCUGCGAUCGUACGCGUCAACGCAUUACACCGGCGACAUUCAAUCUGCAUGGAAACUGUACCACAGCGUGUACUGCAAAAUCGACAAGCAGAUCAAAUCCAGCGACACACUACAGCUGCAGUUCUGCAGUCCGAAGCUGUUUGAGGCGCGCAACCUCUCUAUCGGGAUCCCCGACGCGCGGCCAGUCCGCGAGGAGUCGGUAGCAAAUGUGAACCGCUUUCACAAAGACAUCAUCGUCAUUGCAAGUAAGCAGCGGCCGAAGCGGAUCGGCAUCAUCACGGCGGAGGGCAGGCUGCAGAAGUUUCUGCUCAAAGGGCGCGAGGACCUCCGCCUGGACGAGCGCGUCAUGCAACUCUUCUCGCUUGUCAACAUCCUCAUGCAAUCCGACUCGAGGACAAGCAAGAACUUAGGCUUCCAGAUCCAGCGCUACUCCGUCACGCCGCUCAAGGAUAACGUCGGUAUCAUUGGCUGGGUCGACGGCUGCGACACGCUGCACGAGGUCGUCAAGCACUUUCGCGAACGCAAAUCGAUCCCGGUGGAACUGGAGAUGCGCAUGCUGGACCAGAUCAUCACCUUUGACAACUCCAAGGCGUACGACUAUCUGACCAUCAUGUCAAAGGUAGAGGUGUUAGAGUUCCUCUCCGAUCACACCUCCGGGCAGGACAUUCGCAAGGCCAUGUGGAACACGUCGCCGAACUGCGAGGUCUGGUACGAUCGACGCCGCAUGUACACAACGUCGUUGGCAAAUAUGAGCAUCGUAGGCUACAUCCUCGGCCUCGGCGAUCGCCACCCAAACAACAUCAUGCUGCAGCGCGCGUCGGGAUUGGUGGUGCACAUCGACUUUGGUGACUGCUUUGAGGUGGCCAUGACGCGCGACAAGUUUCCCGAAAAGGUGCCGUUCCGGCUGACACGCAUGUUGCGCAGCGCGCUUGACGUGUCGGGCGUCGACGGGGCGUUUCGCGCCUGCUCGGAGACGGCGAUGUGCGUGCUGCGCGAGGGCAGCCACAGUGUGCUGGCCCUCCUCGAGGCAUUCAUUCAAGACCCGCUUAUUUCAUGGCGCCUCAUCAACAGACAUGGGCAGGAGCCGGAGUCGUCGAACGAUCACAAGACCAUCGAAGAGCAGGUGAAUAUUGCCAACAUGCGCAACGCCACGUCGGCAGCGGAGGCGGAGUCCAUGUGUGACUCGUUUGGGCACCGCGAUAACGGUUCCGUUAAUGUCCCAAAGCACUUGUGUGGGGAGGAAAUGGAUGUGGUUCAUCAAGGCGUGUUCAUCGUCAAGCGCCUCAGCUCCAAGCUCAAAGGGCAGGACUUUAUCUCGGCUGGUACGGAGCCCCUCGAUCCACGCACGCAGGUAGGGCAGCUCAUUGAAGAAGCCACAGACGUGACGAAUGUGGCACAGUCCUGGUCGGGAUGGUACCCGUUCUGGUAG